AAAACUAUACCAAACCCUAAUAAUCAUUUCAUCAAAUGGAAUACACGCUUGUUCAAGAUCAUGACAACCACGACUUUUGCAAUUGCAAAGAAGAUCUUCAAUUCAUCACCCCACAAAACUCUCUUUCCAACUUGAUCAAACACUCUCUACUCCUCGGAGCCGAAAAGUUGCUAAUGUCUCGAAACUCCCCCGCGCUACUAACCACUUUUCUUCCUCCUCAUCAAGAUUACGAAGACGACGACGGCGAAGAAAACGAAGAUAUGAAAUACAUUCCUCGUAACAACAAUAGCGCCGCGUGCAUCUCGACACUCGCGAACUUCCCUUUCGACAUCGUUGAUUUUUUCACGGUGAUGGCGCUCGAUUUCGUCGGUUUUCAAAUACGCCUGUUUUUCAGGUUCUUGAUUUUCCCCAUUCGCGUGUUCCACUUUUGGCUAAUGCUUAUGAUGUUCCCUUUUCGUACGCUAACGCGGAUCCGAGAUGAUGUCAAGAAAGGGAUGAUGAGAGCAUGCGGCGCUUUGUACGCGAGGGUGGCUUCGUUCGUGUGGAAUAGGGUUAAUUCGCCGAGGUCGGUUAUGAAAAUGGCGAUAAGAUUUGGUAAAGGGCUCUUCUGCUCGUUCUAUGUGUUUUUAGUGCUCUUGGGGUUGUUGGUUUUGGGAUUUUUAGCAAGUGGUCUUGUGAUGAGAAAUUUGACCGAAGAGCCAAUACUUCGAACCGAAAACUUGAACUUUGAUUACACGAAAACGAGCCCUUUUGCGUUGGUGAAAUUAGCUUCAUCUCCCGAAGAAAGUAUGCUCAAGCGCACUAUCCCUUUCGAUCAUAAAAUGCAGCUUACUAUCUCCUUCACAUUGCCCGAAUCUGAUUACAACAGAAAACUCGGGAUUUUUCAGGUAAGAGUAGAGAGCCUUUCUGCAAACGGUAAGCCGACGUUCGGAUCGAGUUAUCCAACGAUGCUACGUUUCAAGAGCCAGCCAAUCAGAUUUGCCGAAAGCUUAUUCAAGAGCGUUCCACUUAUAACCGGAUUUCAAUCCGAAGUCCAAUAUUUGAAAAUUGUGAUUGGAGAAUUUGCGGAAGGACACGAGCCCACAUCGAGUUUUAAGGUGAUUCUCGAGCCGAGGGCGGAGUUCAAAACGGGGUCCGGUGUGCCUGAAAUCUAUUCCGCAUCGAUGGAUAUUAAAUCUCGUCUUCCACCUUUGAAAAGAAUUGUUUGGAGUUGGAGAAGAACGGUUUUCGUUUGGAUCGGAUUUACGGUUUUUGUUUGUGAGAUGAUGUUCGUUUUGCUCCUAUGCAGACCUUUUAUUCUUCCGGGACUCGGAAAAUUUUCGAAGAAGAAAAUGAAUUGAGUGAGAUAAAGGGGAAAACAGAGAAGGGUCUCUGCAGCUCAAAUAAACGGUAUCGAUUUGAAAUGUAUUUGACGUUUUUAUUGGUAUUUUUUGUGACAACCUUGAAAUGUAGAUGGUGAAAUUACAUCCCGGAAAAUCGAGCA